AUGUCGUUCCAAUUUCAACUUAUAUGUUUGAUGAGUGCCCUUUUAUGGAUGCAAAUAAUAGCGGGUAAAUCUUACUAUGUGACCAAAUCUGGCAAGGAUACCAAUGCAGGAACUACUGAAACCACUGCUUGGUUAACAGUUCAAAAAGCAGCAAAUUCGGCAACACCUGGUUCUACCGUUUACAUUGGUGCCGGAACGUAUUACGAAGCUGUCACAAUUAACGUCCAAGGCAAUGCUCAAGACGGGCCGAUUACAUUCACUAGUUUAACAUCAAACAAUGCACCGAUUAUUUCUGGCAAAGAUACAAAAAAAGCAUCCGCUGAUGGAACAUUAAAUAUAAUCUUUGUUCAAGAUAAAAGUUAUCUCCGCUUUGUCAACUUAGAAUUGACAGGUUUGAAAUCGACAGAAUGCAGUGGAGUGAGAAUUACUGGCGCUGGAACCAAUGUUGAACUUCGAAAUCUCCAUAUUCACGAUAUCCGUGGUGGUGGCGAAAACGGCGGUGCAAUGGCGAUUACCGUUUAUAACACAAACCAGAAAACGAGUCGACGACAAGUGAUCGUUGAUAAUUGCACGCUCCAUGAUUGUGAGCCAGCAUGGAGUGAAGCUUUGACUUUCAAUGGAAACGUUGAGGAGAUUCAAGUAACGAACAACAAAGUAUAUAACAUGAAUAACAUUGGAAUCGAUUUCAUCGCUGGUGAAAGCUGGGCCGGUAAAUUGGGGGUUCGAAGUGCUCGAUGUGCGAAUAACACAGUUUGGAACAUUCAUUCAGUUUACGAUCAUAGUGCAGCUGGUAUCUAUGUUGAUGGAGCAUCGAAUGUCACCAUAGAAAACAAUGAAGUACAUCAUUCAGACAUGGGAAUUGAAAUUGGUGCAGAGAAUAAAGGUCAAAUAGGUACGAAGAUGACUGUGCGAAAUAAUUAUCUUCAUCACAAUGAUAAAUAUGGAUUGGCCUUCGGUGGAUAUGAUUCUAAACGUGGUCGAGUGGUGAAUUGUUCAUUUACUGACAAUCGUCUUGAACAAAAUGACAACAAUCGUACAGGUGGUGGUGAAAUUUCGAUUUCGUAUGCAUCUGGUAAUACAGUUCUGCGAAAUACUAUCAAACCAAAUGAUCAAAAUGUGAUUCUUCUGGUGGACCAAAAGGGAGGACUAAGCAAUACAUUAGACUAUCAGAAGUAUUAUCCAUAUGGACAAGGUGCAACAGAAAAGAGUCUUAUUUUCUAUUGGGGUGACAAUGAAUACGAUGGAUUGAGCACUUUUCAAAAGAAAACCAAACAAGAAGCGCAUGCUCAAGCAGUUUAG